CAAAUAGACUGCAUUUUAUUGAAAUCGCCGAGAAGUUUGAAAAAAGCAUCAAAAAUAUUUUCGUGAAAAUUUGAUAUCAGUAAAUAAUUAAGCAAGAACGUAUUAUUUAUUGGAAGUGAAGUGAAUUAAAUCGCGUAUUGAUUAUGGAGAAACGCAUUUUAUUGGAAAAACGCGGUAGAGAAGCCAAUCAGAUCAAAGAACUCAAUUUAGACAACUGUCGCAGUACCACAAUUGAAGGCUUAACAGAUGAAUUUACCACAUUAGAAAAGCUCAGUUUGAUAAACGUUGGCAUCACGUCACUCAAGAAUUUCCCCAAAUUACCGAGCCUUAAAAAACUAGAAUUAUCUGAUAACAGAAUUUCAAAUGGUUUAAAUCAUUUACUAACAAGUCCCAAGCUUACAUCACUUAAUUUAAGCGGCAAUAAGAUCAAAGACUUUGAUGAAUUGAAACCAUUGGCAACUCUCGAAAAAUUGGAGACAUUGGACUUAUUCAACAAUGAUGUUACAUCAACUGAGAAUUACAGAAAUAAUGUAUUCCGAUUGAUAAAAUCGUUAAAGUUCUUGGACGGAUUCGAUAAAGAAGAUAAUGAAGCUUUGUCCGAGGACGACGAUGACGCAAAUGGAGUUGAAGACAUGCCAGACGCGUUUAGUAUAAAUGGGAUAGAUAUCGAUUUAAAAGAGCUUGAAGAGCUCGAGAAGAGAGUAGCAGCUAAGAAGAAAGCGCAAGCAACUUCGUCCUGCAAUAAUGCUAGUAAUAGUAACUCUAAUAGUAUAAAAGACUUGGAAGAUGAUUUCGAAAAGUCAUUAAAAAUCAACAAUGAUGUGUCACCAGCCACAAUGAGACCUUCCCUUGCGAGCAUGUUCUUAGUUGUUAUGAGCAUCUUUUCCAUUCUUAAUCAGAUUUAUUUCAAGCCAACGGCACAACGUGAUGAAGAUGAUGUAGCAGAAGAAGAGGAUUUCGAUGAAGACGACGACGAUGAUGAGGAUGAUGAUAUAGGAUUAAAAGAUGUUUACAAAGAUGAUAUUGAAGAAGACAGUUCUGACUGGAAUGAGAAUGAAAAUCCAGCGGACGAAGAUGAUGAGGAUAUCGAUUCAGAAGAUGGCGAUGAAACAGCUGAGAAGGUUGAGGAUGACGCUGAAGGUGAAUCUGAAUCACCUGCCCGAGGCAAGAAACGAAAACAUGAGGGUGAUGAGGGAGACUAAGCUGCUCUUAUCUUAGAGUAUAUAUCCCAAAUGAAUGGAUUGAUGAUUGUCAAUUCAUUAAAACAAAUAAAACCCGACAAAAAAAAAUAUCCCAAAACUCACAAAGAAAUGAAAAAAAAAAUAUUAAAAAAAGAUCAUUGAAAUUGACUAACACAAGAAAUUAAGGAGAAACAUCAACAACAACAACAAAAAAAAAUACAAAGUAAUUAAAUUUUUAUCCUCAAACAGAGAAAAAGAAGAAAAAAAACCAACAAUUUGUUUAUUGAAUUAAAAUGAAGUUCUCGUUACAUUAUGUUUAAAAUAAUUUUUCCUAUAACAUUUAAGGCAUUUUUUUACCUCUUUUUUGGUUUAAUUUCACUGUUUUUAAUCUUAUUUUUUGAUUUUCCGCACCUAAUUUUUCACAUUCUUUUCAGUACAACCAAAAAAGCUAAUACUUGAAAUGUUUUGUAUUAUUCUAUUCCUUUUUGAACUUAAAUCAUAUUAAAAACAUGGAAUAAUUAUUUUUAAUGUUAAAUUCUCCUCUAUGGACAAACUUAAAAACAGUUUAAAUUGCUAAUUUAAAAAAGGAACUUUGUCUUCUUCCUUCUCAUCUUAAAUCUUUAAAGAAUAAAAUGUAAAAUUUAUGAAUAUUUUUUUUAUCUUUCUUGCUUUUUUUUUUAAAGAAUGAAGGAUGGAUGGAAUGUUGAAUUUUUGAGGAUUUUUUGUGAGCUUAAAGUCUGCUAUGAGCUUCUAACUUGCUGGUCAAACUUCUGAACAACCUUUUUUGGUUCGAGGCACUUUAAUCGCUAUUUUGAAGAUUUGAAACUAUGUUUAGGCUCAAUUUUAAAUGAGAGAGUAGCUCACUUAUGCCUGAUAUAAUUCUGGAGCCUAAAAUAUUCCAAAGAAACUCAAAUUUGAAUCUAGACAUCUCCAAAAAUCAACGUUAGACUAUGACGCAUUAAUUAAGUGUCAACAGCUACUUAGCCAGUAACCACGCUACUUAAUUCAGUCUUAUUGAUUUCCAGAACUCUAGUUAAGCCCCUUCAAUUUAAUGGUAUCUGCAUCGAAUCCCUCAAUCUUCCAUCAAAUCUCCAUUUCAAGUACAUCCACAACAGAAGCAUACAAUAAGCUUACAAAAAUACUCAAAAUCAACAUUCUCAACAUUCUAAAUUCUUCCAACGAAAAAGAAAAUCCUUUUAUUUUCAGUUCACAUGCAUUAAUUCUGCUGUACAUAUUUUAUGUAUGAUGUAAAAUUUCCCAUA